UUGAGGAAAAGAAAGAAACCUCGUUAGUACCAAGGGAGGUUGAGUUAUGGGUGGAUCAACCAAUGCUUUGCCUAUUGUGAGCAAGAUCUUUUGUUCCUCUUCCCUCACAUCUUUGAUGGUUAGGAAGAGGCCUCACGUUGUACAUGGAGGCGGUUUUGUGGUCACUGAUUGUAGUCAGAAUGUGGCCUUCGUGGUAGAUGGCUGUGGCACACUUGGUGCCAAGGGAGAGUUGAUGUUGAAGGAUGGUGAUGGAGAACCUAUUCUCUUCAUUCGUAGGAAGGGAGGCAUCGUUCAAGCUUUAAGCACUCGCAACAAAUGGAAUGGAUACUCGAUGGAGUACGAAGGAGCCAACAAGUUAAUCUUUAGCUUGACCGAUCCGAAGUCAUGCCUUGCAAUGAAGAAAGCAAUUAGGAUUCGAGUUGAUCCGAAGGGCCACAACAGAGAUUUGGAGUUUGAGGUUAAUGGGUCCUUUGUGGAUAAAGCUUGCACCAUCAGAGAUUGCAGAGGGAACGUUGUGGCGCAGGUGGAGGUAAACGAGUUGAUUGGCAGCAAGGACUUCUACUAUGUGGUUGUGCAGCCGGGCUACGACCAAGCCUUUGUUGUAGGGGUGAUUGCAAUUCUUGACAACAUACAUGGGGAGUCCACCAGGUGCUGAAGGAGAUAAAGGAAAUUAGCUGUGCUUUCUUGAGAGAAAGAGAGAGAGAGAAGAAAUCUGUUGCUGUUCCCUCUUGUUAAUUUAGUUGAUAGGGGUCCUUCUCUUUCCUUCGAGUAAGAAGUCAAGAAAGACAAGAAGAAUGACUUGCAUCUCCAUGCAUGCUUCAUUCACUUUUGCUUUCUUAC